GGCUGAGGCCUUAAAUAUGAUUUGUAAUGUAACUUCUAACUAUACUGAUGUCUUAGUCAUGGGGCAUGCCUUCAAAUUCUCAGACAUGUCUCAUGUAAUGACUUCAGGCCAGUGUGUUCUGCAGCCUUGCCCAUGUGUGACUGCCCACCCUGUCAGGUGAUUUCUCUCAGCAGACAGACAGGGAAAGAGAGACACGGAGAAGUAGGCUAGAGUAGAUAAAUUCACAGCAGUUUGGAGCUCCAUGGGAUAUGAGUUUCUCUCCCAGGUUUUUUAAAAACAAAAUGAGAACAGAAAAGUCCUACUCAUGAGGAUGUUGUGGGAUGGGGUUGAGUUUGCUUUGAGUGGAAUUUUGUGUAAAUAACUUGACUGACUGUACCAAAUCUACUUCCAGUUUGAUCUGGCAAAGUUCCCCCUGCAUGUCUCAAAGGGCCCCAUCCCGGAUAUCUCCUACAAUUUAGUAAACGGGAUCCCAUCUUCCCCCACUUCCUACUUAUUAUGCACUUCAAGGAAAUAAUACAUUUGCAACACUAUAUGUGUAAAAAAAUGAUAAUUAGAACUGAUUUUUCUUGCAUGGCAAUGAAUGGUAAAGAAUGUGGUUCCUUGUCAAAAAUGUAUACAUUUAGCUUACAGUUCCAUAAAUACAGCUUGCGUAAUUAUCUCCUAAGGGAUUAAUAGAAGCCUCUGCUUCCCUUAGGGUAAACUUUAUUAUUGCAAGGGAAGGUUCUUUACCAUGAGAGUGCUCUGUGGUCAUAGAGCAAGAAUAUGAGGGCUGGGAUUUGACACUCAACACACCUGAACCCCUAUUUAACCAUUGUCUGACAGGGAAAUAGAUAGAAAAUUGUGAAACAUGACAAUAGUGUCAGUUGAUAGUAGUGGUACAUUCAGGCUAGUUAUGUAAUUACAUGAAAUAUGUUUUUCUUAAAUGAUGGAUGAACACUGGUGCCUAGUAGUUAUUGUACUACAGUCAUAAUGGUUGAUGUUCAGGACUUGUCUCUACAUGUCCAUAGAGCUUUGCCCAGACAUGUACUAUAUCAGGAAAGUAGGAAGGCUUUGUGAAUCACUGUCUGAUGGCUGUUAAAUACAACUGCAGCGUUCUCAAUACACAGUCCGGUUCCUCCGUUACACAUAUGAAAACCAGAACAACCAUGGCCAGUCGUAAGCGCAUCCUGAGCUCUCUGGGGAAAAGUCCUGCCAGGCAGAACCUGUUUGGCCCAGUUGACCGUGAGCAGCUGCAGCAGGAGUACCAGGACACCCUGCGCAGAGACCUGGAGGACGCCUGUCGCCGCUGGGGCUUCGACUUCCUGUCAGAUAAGCCUCUGGCUGGGGGAGACUUCCAGUGGGAAGAGGUACCGGGCACCAAGGUGCCUCUCCUCUACCUGCCCUGCCUGUUGAGUCAGGGGGAGGCACAGAAGAUCAGAGGGCCGGCAGCAUCCACAGGGAGGGUCAGGGCGGGGCCAUGGCACCGUGGUAAGGAAAACAUCCCUUGCACCCCUGAGAAGUACAGAGCCAACCUCCAUAACCUGGAGAAACCGCAAGACAAGAACGAGAACAAACUGAAGAGAAAACAGACCAACCUCACAGAUUUCUACCAAGCCAAGAAGAGAGUGGUGGGUACGUCGCUUAAGUCAGGCCGGUGAUUUCAGAGACACAGUCACAGCUGCCAGGGAGCCAACAGUCGGACAACCACAGCAAGCACUACUUCUCUCAGGAACCCACACGCUGAAUAGACUGAGUGCAUACAGUACACCUACCAGGAGGAAUACAUAACCAAUCCUCUAAACAAACACAGUGAAAAAUGAAACAACCUAUUUUAUUGCAUCCAUUACCGAUGCGUACUGUUUUAUUUUUAUAUCCAUGUAGGUUAACCGAUGUACAAUUGAUUUCAAUGUAAGGGGGCUUGUGUUCUCCCUGUGGUAAGGGAGGGACAUUCUAAUGGUGCAUCCAUGACCAUUUGUGAGUCAUGAAAGAACAUCCUCUGUACCUUUAUGACCGUUUAGUGUAAGGAAGACUUGAACAUCUAAGUCUGGACAGUUAAGGUCCUGUAUUCCACAGCACUGAUAUAGACCAAUCGAAACCAUGCCUCUGGGUCUACGCAUAAAUCGUCUUGUUUUGAUGACAUGUUGAAAUUAUGAAACCAUACUGUUUACGGUGCUGAGUUUGAAUCUACUGUAAUAUGGUGUCACAUUGAGAGGACACUUGAAAGAAAUGACCACAACAACACAAUAGUCUUCAACAGUCUUUCCAGUUCAAAUAUCCAAAUGUAUGGAUUGAUGUUUUUUUCAUUAUGAUGUGUCUCUCAUGAAGAGGGCCAGGAAUCAUGUUAUUGUCUGUCAUUUGCAAGCACUUCUUUCCAAUGUAUGUAUUGUUGUACAUGAGAUUUCACAAUUUAAAUAUGUGUCUCAACAUGUACUCAUAGGAAUCUACUUGAAGGGUACUGCUCUGCAUAAAAUUAUGCAAACUCCUGUAUAGAAAUGGCACAAUUUUUUUUUUCUCACCUUUUAUUUAACUAGGCAAGUCAGUUAAGAACAAAUUCUUAUUUUCAAUGACGGUUAGGAACAGUGGGUUAUACCUGCCUUGUUCAGGGGCAGAAUUACAGAUUUUUACCUUGUCAGCUCGGGGUUUUGAUCUUGCAAACUUCCGGUUACUAGUCCAAUGCUCUAAACACUAGGCUACCUGCCACCCAAUGUCCCCCCUUUCUACCUAACUAGGGCUUCUUGCUAUAAUACUCUUGGGAAUUUGUUGAUAGGGACCUCUGCUAUGUUCUUUCAAGCUUUUUACAAAGUCUAUUUAGCAUCUGAACACAAAGCCAGACAUUCGCGUUUCCUUAGAUACAGUGAGGGGGAAAAAGUAUUUGAUCCCCUGCUGAUUUUGUUCGUUUGCCCACUGACAAAGAAAUGAUCAGUCUAUAAUUUUAAUGGUAGGUUUAUUUGAACAGUGAGAGACAGAAUAACAACAACAAAAAUCCAGAAAAACACAUGUCAAAAAUGUUAUGAAUUGAUUUGCAUUUUAAUGAGGGAAAUAAGUAUUUGGCCCCCUCUCAAUCAGAAAGAUUUCUGGCUCCCAGGUGUCUUUUAUACAGAUAACGAGCUGAGAUUAGGAGCACACUCUUAAAGGGAGCGCUCCUAAUCUCAGUUUGUUACCUGUAUAAAAGACACCUGUCCACAGAAGCAAUCAAUCAGAUUCCAAACUCUCCACCAUGGCCAAGACCAAAGAGCUCUCCAAUGAUGUCAGGGACAAGAUUGUAGACCUACACAAGGCUGGAAUGGGCUACAAGACCAUUACCAAGCAGCUUGGUGAGAAGGUGACAACAGUUGGUGCGAUUUUUCACAAAUGGAAGAAACACAAAAGAACUGUCAAUCGUGGAUUUGCAAUGAUCAUGAGAACGGUGAGGAAUCAGCCCAGAACUACACGGGAGGAUCUUGUCAAUAAUCUCAAGGCAGCUGGGACCAUAGUCACCAAGAAAACAAUUGGUAACACACUACGCCGUGAAGGAGUUUCUGCAAGGUCCCCCUGCUCAAGAAAGCACAUAUACAUGACCGUCUGAAGUUUGCCAAUGAACAUCUGAAUGAUUCAGAGGACAACUGGGUGAAGGUGUUGUAGUCAGAUGAGACCAAAAUGGAGCUCUUUGGCAUCAACUCAACUUGCUGUGUUUGAAGGAGGAGGAAUGCUGCCUAUGACCCCAAGAACACCAUCGCCACCGUCAAACAUGGAGGUGAAAACAUUAUGCUUUGGGGGUGUUUUUCUGCUAAGUGGACAGGACAACUUCACCGCAUCAAAGGGACGAUGGACGGGCCAUGUACCGUCAAAUCUUGGGUGAGAACCUCCUUCCCUCAGCCAGGGCAUUGAAAAUGGGUCGUGGAUGGGUAUUCCAGCAUGACAAUGACCCAAAACACACGGCCAAGGCAACAAAGGAGUUCCUCAAGAAGAAGCACAUUAAUGUCCUGGAGUGGCCUAGCCAGUCUCCAGACCUUAAUCCCAUAGAAAAUCUGUGGAGGGAGCUGAAGGUUCGAGCCAAACGUCAGCCUCAACCUUAAUGACUUGGAGAAGAUCUGCAAAGAGGAGUGGGACAAAAUCCCUCCUGAGAUUUGUGCAAACCUGGUGGCCAACUACAAGAAACGUCUAACCUCUGAUUGCAAACAAGGGUUUUGCCACCAAGUACUAAGUCAUGUUUUGCGGAGGGUAUCAAAUACUUAUUUCCCUCAUUUAAAAUGCAAAUCCAUUCAUAACAUUUUUGACAUGUGUUUUUCUGGAUUUUUGUUGUUGUUAUUCUGUCUCUCACUGUUCAAAUAAACCUACCAUUAAAAUUAUAGACUGAUCAUUUCUUUGUCAGUGGGCAAACAUACAAAAUCAGCAGGGGAUCAAAUACUUUUCCCCCUCACUGUAAGUAGCAGCUUUAUCUUGAUGUUAAUAUCACUGUUAAGCAGUGAAACAUUUAAAGUUUUCUUGCAGUAUUGCACAACAUUUUUUUCAUGUAGCCAACAGCAGGUACAAGUGCCUGUAUGGUAUUUGAAUCUAAACAGAGAGAUUGUGUCCUCAAAAACAGCUAUUUUUGACUGAGCUAUAGCCUCCAUUCUAUUUGAAGUUUUUAUCUGCCUCAAACUGUAAGCUAUUGGUGCAUAAUGGUUAUUUAUUGUUAUGAUGGCUGAUCCUGCUGCUAUGGGUAAUUUGAAUGGUGGUUAGACAACAUCACUGUAUGGCAACAUUCCGAACUUAACUAAUAGCUUUGCUUAAUGUUCACAGCACCUUAUGCACUGCUAUGCAAAUAUCAGCAUACAUUACCCCAAAAGUGCACCUAUUUUUAUAGAUGUUGGUGCACAGGCUUACAUAGUGUUUUCAUAGCUACAACUAAGACAUUCUUAUUUAUUGUAAUACAAAGUAGAUAUGUGUAAUUGGUUAAUUGACAAUAAAUACAUACAGUGCAAUUGGAAAGUA